AUGAAAAGAUAUAGAGAUGUGAGGUCGUACAUGGAGCUGCGGCGUGAGGAGAUCAGAGAAUAUGGUAUUCCCUUUGUUGAAAAGGACUAUCAGAAAUACAAAGCAUUAUACGGGGUCGUCAAACGACCAUGGUUCACUCGCACAUGGAUCAUCCAAGAGAUUGCAUUGGCACGGGAAGCGGUCAUCUGCUGUGGUAAAUGGGAAAUACUAUGGAGCUCCCUGGCACCGGCGUGGGACUUUGUCGAGGUUUUGCGAGUUGCUGGAUUCUUUCAGUUGAUGUCUGGUUCACGGUCGGGCAGUACGGUUGUCGACCUUGAUGAGACUGUCGCUGCCAUCUCGUCAGAUAAGCGUCUCCCACUAAUCGAUCUCCUCUGCCAUCACAGCCACGCGCAGGUAACAGACGAGCGGGACAGAGUCUUUGCCCUCAAAGGAAUCGUAUCAGAUUCCGAUACCAUCCGGGUGGAUUACGACAAACCUAUGAUCCAGGUCUUCUGGGACACGGCACUGGCCGUCAUGAAUAAAUCCCGAAACCUCGACCUUUUGAGCGAUGCGGCCGUGAGACCGACACCCACCGACCCCGACUGGCCUUCGUGGCUGCCAGCCUGGCACCAGGGAUACCACGCGAUACACAUGACCAACUACAUCCGCGACUUCGGCCACUGUGCCAGCCGAGACUCGAGCUGCAGCCCGAUCGUGGCGUCUGAGGGGGGCAGAAUCCAGCUCCGAGGCUAUGAGCUGGAUUGGAUCACGGACAUCGGCGCUUUGACGACAGGACACCGUUUCCGCGAUUCUGGCUGGACGUUCAGCGCCGACCGGAGCGCAUGGGCGGAUUGGUCGCGGAUGUGUGGUGCCUUCACGAACAAGACGUACGGGCCUACUGGCGAACCUAUGACUGAUGUUUUCCGGGCAAUUUUGACGCGAGGCACCUUGGCGACGUUUCCUAGCUCUGGCGAUCCUAUUCAUGACAUGGACAUUUUGGAAUCGUGGAUUCGUUAG